AUGUUUUUCGGUGGGAGUCAAUUCUCUCCCGAGAGGGACAUUCCUUCUCAAGAAGGCAAAGUAAUCGUGGUCACCGGAGGGAACACAGGCAUCGGCAAAGAGACCAUCCUCCAGCUCUGCAAGCACUCGCCGAAAAAGGUCUUCCUCGCCACCAGGAACGAGGCCAAAGCCAAAGACGCCAUCACCUCCAUCAACUCCCAGCUGCCCGAGCCCGCCGACGUCGAGUUCGUGUCGCUCAACCUCAGCAACCUGGCCUCUGUGGCUUCCGCCGCCGAGACGAUUGCCCAAAGCACGGACCGGAUUGACCUGCUCUUUCUCAAUGCAGGCAUCAUGAACAUGCCGCCGGGCAACAAGACGGACGACGGCUUCGACCUUCAGCUGGGCACCAACCACGUCGGCCACUUUCUCUUCACCAAAAAGCUGCUUCCCGUAUUGAAAGAGACCGUCACCAAGUACAAUCCCGACGUCCGCGUCAUUUCCACAUCGUCCAUCGGAUACAGAUUCGCGCCGUCCUUUGAGACCAUCAUCUCCACCGAGAAGCUCUCGUCACAAGGCCAAUGGACGUCCUACGGCGCUUCCAAAGCAGCCAACAUCCUCUUUGCCGCCGAGCUGGCCAAGCGGCACCCGGAACUCACCUCGGUGUCUGUCCACCCCGGCAUGAUCCAGACGGAUCUGUAUGCGACGACCGCGUCCAACAGCUUCCUCCUGCGAAACCUGAUGCGCUUCUUCGGCCCUCUUGUGUACCACGACGUGGCGUACGGCGCCUUGACGCAGCUGUGGGCCGCUACCGUGGGCAAGGAUAAGCUUCAGCAGGGCGGGUUUUAUGUGCCGAUUGCGCAGCUGGAGAGUAAAAACAAGUACGUCGCUGACGCUGAUAUGCAGAGGAGGCUGUGGGAAUGGACGGAGGGGGAGCUGAAGCAGAGGGGCUACUGA